AUGCCACCGACUGACCUUUAUACUUUUACCUUAUACAUCUACAUCUGCCCCCGCAACACUCAGCAGCCCAACCGAGAAAUUCCCCAGUUCCUGCCUGCCUUGAUUCCCCCAACCUUGUCCAUCUCGUCUCCUAAAAUUAUCCAUACCUCCACUCCUGCUGCUUCCAGCCCCGAUCACUCGAUGGAGAGUGACUCGGACAGCGACUCGGACGAUGAGGACGACGAAGCCCUCGAGGACCCUAGCCCUCUUCUCUCGAUGCCCGCCAACUACAUGCGUGGACGUCGCACCUCUGUCAGUGCCGAGAGCAUGGUCCCCAGUCACCAAAACUAUGUCAAGACCGUGAUCUCCAAGACCCCCGAGCAGCGCAAGCGGAUCGAGGUCUCGAUCGCCAGCAACUUUUUGUUCAAGAACUUGGAUGAAGACCAGCAUGAGGACGUUGUCAACGCGAUGGCGGAGAAGAGAUUCAGGAGCCGGGAGAACGUCAUCGAGCAAGGUGCUGUCGGUGAUUACUUUUACGUUGUCGAGACUGGAUCGUUGGAUGUCUUUGUCGCCAAGAAUGGCAACCCUGCCGAGAAGGUGUUUGAGUAUGGACCUGGCGGUAGCUUUGGAGAGUUGGCCCUGAUGUACAAUGGACCUCGUGCUGCGACUGUGACGGCAACCUCGGACGUUGUUCUCUGGGCCCUGGACAGGAUUACGUUCCGCAGGAUCUUGAUGGAGAAUACAUCGCGCAAGAGACGCAUGUAUGAGGCCUUUUUGGAGACGGUUCCCUUGCUUGUCUCGUUGGAGCCCUAUGAGCGUCACAAGAUUGCUGAUGCUCUCGAAUCUGUCUACUUUGACGAUGGCCAGCCCGUGGUUCGUCAGGGCGAUCAGGGUGACAACUUUUUCAUUAUCGAGUCGGGCGAAGCCACAGUGACCAAGUACAACGAGAAGGGUGAAGAAUUCCCCAUGCCUGGAUUGGGACCCGGUCAAUACUUUGGAGAAUUGGCCCUGUUGAACGACAUGCCACGUGCCGCAACGAUCAAAGCCCAAGGCAGGCUAAAGUGCGCCACGUUGGGCAAGCGUGCUUUUGUCCGGUUAUUGGGACCUGUCGUCGAGAUUAUCAAGCGCAACAGCGUCAACUACCAAACGAUUGAGGAGCAGAUUCAGCAACACCAGCAACAACUGGUCCCUGUCUCGUCUGCGCCCCCCUCCUCGAACGCCUCCCCUGCAUCGACCUCUCCCGCAUUAGCCUCGGCACCAACGCCAAUUCUUUCAUCGGCGUCGCCCAUCCUUGCACCAGCGCCACCGCAGGUCGAGUUGAACCACGUCUAG